AACUUUUCAUUGGGCUGGCCCACCCCUCUCUCUCUCUCAACUCUUUCUCUCUCUAUAUUUGUGUAUAUAAACACAUAUUACACACGCACAUCUCACACACUAUAUAUAUAUAUAUAAUACACAGCCGAAUCAUUCAUAAACCCUCCUCUCUGAUCUUCUAUUUUCUCCCUAUUCAACACUUCUUUCCUUUUCUACUCAUCUGAUACUUCUCUCUCUAGACAAGAAUAACUGAGCAGACUCAUCAACAACUGAGUUCAGAUCACACCAUUAACAAUGGGUGAUCCACCGGAGACCGAGUCUAGUACCAACUCGUUCUCGCCACCACCACCAAACUCACCGUCUUCAUCAUCUGGGUUAUCUCAAUCCAACCAAAACCUAGACCCAAAAGAGCCCGAAUCAGCGGACCCGAAUCAGAAAAGGAGCAAGAGGGGGAGAGAGAGCAAACACAGUGUAUACAGAGGGGUCCGAAUGCGCGCAUGGGGCAAAUGGGUUUCCGAGAUCCGCGAGCCCAGAAAGAAGUCACGGAUCUGGCUCGGAACUUUCGCCACCCCGGAAAUGGCGGCCCGGGCCCACGACGUGGCGGCCCUGUCCAUCAAAGGCACCUCAGCGAUUCUCAACUUCCCGGAACUCGCCGAGUUGCUUCCACGGCCCGCCUCGUGCUCUCCACGUGACGUCCAAGCCGCAGCCGCCAAGGCGGCGUCAAUGGAGCAUCUCAACCCUCCUCCACCACCACCGUCGUCUCCGCCGUCAACGACGUCGUCGUCGUUUAUGUCGGAACUUUCGACACCGAAUGAACUGGGCGAGAUAGUUGAGUUACCGAGUCUGGGAUCGGGUUACGACUCGGCAGAGUCGAGGAACGAUUUUGUGUUUGUUGACUCGUUGGAGGGAUGGGUAUAUCCGCCGUGGUUGCACAGUGGUGAGGAUAUUGUUCAUCAUUUUACUGAUGAAAUGUCAAUAUCAGAGACUGCCAUUUCAAGCAGUUUUGAGGCUUUCUUGUGGUAGUGUCGUUUUUUUUUUUUUUUUUUUUUUUUUUUUUUUUUUUUUUUGCAGAAAAUCGUGUGUUAGGGUUUUUUUUUUUUUUUUUUUUUUUUUUUUCUAAUUUGUUUCUAGUAAUCAGUUUUUGUUUUGAUAUCGGAAAAUAUUUUAACUUUUUCUUUGAAGGACUAAAUUAAAUACUUUUCUUACUGUUCAAGUUCUGAGUUGGUCCGUAUUUAAAGUGCUCAAGAUGGGUCAUUUUUUACUUUUUGCAUAAUGAUCAUCGUAUUAAAGUAAAAA